AUAACUCCGAAAGGCUGGAGGGUUCUGGGCGGGGCUACCCGGUAGACCUCAAAUUACGAUUGGUUGUCUGCCACGUGCUCGAACAGCCAUUGGACAAGAGGACCAUCCAGUUGACAAUGUGUGAGGAAGGGGAGGUUAUCUUCAGCGGGCCUCAGUCGCUGCUCGGUAGUCGGGAAGUGAACUGUCAUAUCUCCACUCCUUGACGCCGAGCAGCAUCCGUCAUGUGUCCUCAAGUUUUCGUCCUUCUCUUGGUCGCCGCGGUGACGCUAGCAGCUGAACAAGUCCUCAGCUUCCCUUGCAGGGGCGAGGAAUGCGACCUGAUACCUGAGGGGUGCCUGUACGGAACAGUACGUGACGCGUGCGGCCGCCUGGUCUGCGCGGCCGGCCCCGGCGAGCGCUGCGGCGGGCGAGAGAACCAUCUCGGCAAGUGCGGCGAAGGUAUGACCUGCAAGUGCGGCAAGUGCAGGGGCUGCAGCAUCGCGCGCCUCAUGUCCGGCAUCAUCGAGUGCGAGUACACCAACCCCAUCUGCUCGUGAACAUCCGUCCUCCGUCCUUUCUGCGUAUUAUUUAUUUAUUUAUUUUCUUCAAGCCAUUGACUUCUCGGACUUAUCUGUCAACGAGUGAAUAAACAUGUGACUGUUUCGACUAUUUUAAUUCAUUACCUUUUUCUCUCUUCCCUGAUGCUUGAUGAUUUCCAAUCUGCAG